AUGUUUCAUGUCAAAUAUCCAGAAGGCAGUGGUGGACAGAAUACCAAACACCUGAUGGUCAAUAAGGAGAGUUUUAAAAAGAAUAAACGAUGCAUCCUUCAGAUCGACAAUCCUUGGGAUAAAUUUUGUUUAGCUCGAGCCAUUGUAGUCACCCGGUUACACAGUCAAAAACCGGAAAAUCCAGAGAGUUUAGUUGAAUGGGAAAAACAAUGGCUACGUAUGCGGAAGGGUGAUGUAAGAGCUAAUGACCAGAAAAAUGAAGCUAUAGCUCUCAUGGAACAAGCCGGGUGUGAUAUUCAUCAGCCUUGUGGACCCGAAGAAUGGGGGAAAUUACAACAGGUGUUAGCCCCUCGCUAUCGACUGAAAAUAUUUCAGUUCAAGUCCACCUCCUCUAAACUCAGUUUAGAGCCCAUAUACAAAGGCGGCGGAGAUGGAACUUGUUUAAAUGUUUUGUUAAACGAUCAUCAUUACGAUGCUAUUUUGUCUAUGCCAGCUGUGACGGGCAACCCAUAUUACUGUGAUCAUUGCGAUGUGGGCUACAGGAACAUUACAGGCCACCGUACCAAGUGUCCUUACCGCUGUUCACUUUGUUUAACGGACACUCCCUGCCCUCCAGACGGGAGCCACAUUCAAUGUUAUCAAUGCCAGGGAUUUUUUCAGAGCAGAACUUGCUACGAAAACCAUUUAAAACCUCACAGUAAGAAUACGGUCACAACAGUAUGCAGUUUAAUGGGACGAUGCGACCAUUGUGAGAAAUGGAUGCCUAAAAUGUUACUCCCUCAUCAUCAUUGCGGAGGACAGAAACAAUGUAAUCUGUAA